GUUCAGACUGAAGAGAAGAGAAGAAGCGAGAGAGAGAGAGAGAGAGAGAGAGAGAGCGCCAUGAUCUCGCAGUUCUUCGUGCUCUCCCAACGUGGCGAUAAUAUCGUCUUCCGCGACUAUCGCGGCGAGGUGCCGAAAGGAAGUGCUGAGAUAUUUUUCAGGAAAGUCAAGUUCUGGAAAGAAGACGGCCAAGAGGAAGCACCACCUGUCUUUAAUGUGGACGGCGUCAAUUACUUCCACGUGAAGGUCGUUGGACUCUUGUUUGUCGCAACUACCAGAGCUAAUGUAUCGCCAUCGAUUGUCUUGGAGCUUCUACAGAGAAUUGCCCGUGUCAUCAAAGAUUACGUUGGAGUUCUCAAUGAGGAUUCUAUCAGAAAGAAUUUUGUGCUCGUCUAUGAGUUGCUUGAUGAAGUCAUAGAUUUUGGCUUUGUGCAAACAACAUCAACUGAACUGUUGAAGUCUUAUAUAUUCAAUGAGCCAAUUGUCAUUGAUGCCGCACGUUUAUCAUCUCUUGGAUCUACAGGCCUGUUUAUGCAAGGAACAAAGAGAAUGCCUGGAACAGCAGUCACAAAAUCUGUUGUUGCUAAUGAGCCUGGAGGUAGGAAGAGGGAGGAAAUUUUUGUGGACAUAAUCGAGAAAAUCAGUGUUACUUUCAGCUCUAGUGGGUACAUAUUGACUUCUGAGAUUGAUGGAACCAUUCAAAUGAAGAGCUAUCUCACUGGUAAUCCAGAAAUCAGGUUAGCUCUUAAUGAGGACCUCGGCAUUGGUAGAGGCGGAACAUCAGGAUAUGACUAUAGGAGUUCAUUUGGCUCGGGAGCAGUGAUACUUGAUGACUGUAAUUUCCAUGAAUCUGUGCGUCUUGAUAAUUUUGAUGUAGACAAAACUCUUACUCUGGUACCUCCAGAUGGCGAGUUUCCUGUCAUGAACUACCGUAUGACUCAGGAGUUUAAACCUCCUUUUCGUAUCAACACUCUGAUUGAAGAAGCAGGAUCGCUUAAGGCUGAAGUGAUUCUGAAACUAUAUGCUGAGUUUCCAUCAAACGUUACCGCAAACACCAUCUCUGUACAAAUGCCACUACCAAAAUUUACUACAAGAGCCAGUUUUGAGUUGGAGCCAGGAGCAAUCGGACAAACAACAGAUUUCAAGGAACCAAAUAAGAGACUUGAAUGGGGUUUAAAGAAGAUUGUUGGUGGUUCCGAACACACCCUACGUGCCAGGUUGACAUUUUCACAGGAAUUUCAUGGAAAUAUCACAAAAGAAGCUGGUCCGGUGAGCAUGACGUUCACAAUACCCAUGUAUAACUCUUCAAGACUUCAGGUAAAGUACUUGCAGAUAGCAAAGAAGUCUGGAACUUAUAAUCCAUAUCGGUGGGUAAGAUACGUUACUGUCGCGAAUUCAUACGUUGCUCGUAUAUGAUGCAAUGGUGCUUCAUUUGUUGUGCCAUUUCGUGAAUGAUGAACUGAAUGUUUGAAAACACUGGAUCUAGUUCUGAGAUAUCUAUGGAGACCAUUGCUUUCUGUUCUCUUUUGGCGGUUUUGGAUAUUAUGCAUUGAAUAUUGUUCGUCUUACUUUUGAAUUAUUGAAUUGUUCUGUGUAGUGGUUGUGUA